CGUGGGAACGAGAAACUUCCUCCUCCUGGGGCUGCUUGAAAAGCCUCAUGUGCCCGCCCCAGCCUCCUGCUGGCAUGAGGCUGGAGGGGCUGGUGCGGAGGGGAGGGGGCAGUGGGCAGAGAGGGGCCGGUUUGCAGAAGGAACUCAGCACCCUUUGGCUGCGGUGCCAGGCUUGGGCCUGGGCUCUGAAGGCACGAAGCUGGGCGGAAGCAGCUUUAGGAUUUGGUGUAAGCUGGACAGUGAAGGACCUGGGGACCGUCUGAUGUUCCGGCUCUUUGUCCCCUUUGUCCCAAACAUGCCUUGAGGCCAACAAUACAAUGCUUCAGGUUUUUCCUCGCCUGGUGACAAAAUCAGAACAAGAAACCUCUCAGUGCCAGUUGAAAAAGAAAGAUCUGCAAGCACAGAACCCUUUUUCCUGCCAGCUCUCGGCGUGUGGGCUGAACUAUGGGAUGUAUAAAAUCAAAAAGGAAAGACAAUCUGAAUGACGAUGGAGUAGAUUUGAAGACUCAACCAGUACGUAAUACUGACCGCACUAUUUAUGUGAGAGAUCCAACGUCCAAUAAACAGCAAAGGCCAGUGGCAGACUCUCAGCUUUUACCAGGACAGAGGUUUCAAACCAAAGAUCCCGAGGAGCAAGGAGACAUCGUGGUGGCUUUGUACCCCUAUGAUGGCAUCCACCCGGAUGACUUGUCAUUCAAGAAAGGGGAGAAGAUGAAAGUCCUGGAGGAGCACGGAGAGUGGUGGAAAGCGAAAUCCCUUUCAACCAAGAGAGAAGGCUUCAUCCCCAGCAACUACGUGGCCAAAGUCAACACCUUGGAAACAGAAGAGUGGUUUUUCAAGGACAUAACCAGGAAAGACGCUGAAAGGCAGCUUUUGGCACCAGGGAACAGCCCCGGAGCUUUUCUUAUCAGAGAAAGUGAAACAUUAAAAGGAAGUUACUCUCUGUCGGUCAGAGAUUACGACCCGGUGCAUGGAGAUGUUAUUAAGCACUACAAAAUCAGAAGCCUGGACAAUGGGGGUUAUUACAUCUCCCCACGAAUCACUUUUCCUUGUAUCAGUGACAUGAUUAAGUAUUACCAAAAGCAGUCGGAUGGCUUGUGCAGAAGAUUGGAGAAGGCGUGCAUUAGCCCCAAACCACAGAAGCCAUGGGACAAAGAUGCGUGGGAGAUCCCCCGGGAGUCCAUUAAGCUGGUGAAGAGGCUCGGCGCUGGGCAGUUCGGGGAAGUCUGGAUGGGUUACUACAACAAUAGCACCAAAGUGGCUGUGAAAACCCUGAAGCCAGGCACGAUGUCGGUGCAGGCGUUCCUGGAGGAGGCCAACCUCAUGAAGACUCUGCAGCACGACAAGCUGGUGAGGCUGUACGCCGUGGUCACCAAGGAGGAGCCCAUCUACAUCAUCACCGAGUACAUGGCCAAGGGCAGCUUGCUGGACUUCCUGAAGAGCGACGAAGGGGGCAAAGUGCUGCUUCCGAAGCUGAUUGACUUCUCCGCUCAGAUCGCGGAGGGAAUGGCUUACAUCGAGAGAAAGAACUACAUUCACCGGGACCUUCGAGCCGCCAACGUCCUGGUCUCCGAGUCCCUCAUGUGCAAAAUCGCAGAUUUUGGCCUCGCCCGAGUCAUUGAAGAUAACGAGUACACAGCGAGGGAAGGUGCUAAAUUCCCCAUUAAGUGGACGGCUCCAGAGGCCAUCAACUUCGGAUGCUUCACUAUUAAAUCUGACGUGUGGUCCUUCGGAAUCCUGCUGUAUGAGAUCGUCACCUACGGGAAGAUUCCCUACCCAGGGAGAACUAACGCGGACGUGAUGGCCGCCCUGUCGCAGGGCUACAGGAUGCCCCGUAUGGAGAACUGCCCCGAUGAGCUCUAUGACAUCAUGAAGAUGUGCUGGAAAGAGAAGGCGGAGGAGAGGCCCACCUUCGACUACCUGCAGAGCGUCCUGGACGACUUCUACACGGCCACCGAGGGCCAGUACCAGCAGCAGCCCUAGCGCGGGGACUCGGCCACUCCCGGGAUGGCGGCCUCCUCCACCAGGAACAGAGAGCAGCCCCUGGUCCUCGGUUCAUUUCCUGAGCUGGGGGCACCUGCCGUCCCUGCUUCCCGCACGUGAGGUGAAGCUACUCAGGAAGAACUCUCUCCACGGGAAAGGAUUCUCCUCUCGGGCCAGGGCCUGCCAGGGUGCCCCCCGAGAGCAGACUGGCUCGGCUGGACCCACAUCUGGGCACAGGCUUCUGAGGAGAAAGCACCAGACCCACCCAAGGGCGCCCCGGUCAGCUCUUGUUGACAAGAGGCUGUGCCCCCACCCAGGUUCAGAGACCCGUCCAGUAAACCCCCGUUAGGAGAGAACUAAACUCACUGAUCAGCAUCAAAUAACCUGAUACCUUUUAUGACACUUUUUUGUAUUUUCUCUGUGCUUUAGCUUAUGUGUUAAAAACAAAAAAUUACUAAUCUCUGUUAGAGUUUGCAAAAGUGACGUCCGGAGCUUUGGUGUCUUUCCCAGAUCUCAGUCCGAGACUGUUAAACGUUGCCCAUGGCAGAGACCAGCCUGGAACCCCAGCCGGGAAGAAGCGUCCUCUGCAAGUGGGCAGGGCUGCCGUGCUAAGUGACACGGGCGCCCCCACCCCCCACCCCAAGCCACUGGGGCCUCUGCCCAGACCCCCAUGACCCUGUCCCGGAAAAGAGCUGCAGAAACUACUCGGCCGUUAAGAAGAAAGAUUUUUAAAGGUCCAGCUUUUCAAUUCCACACUUUUCCGUAUAUGGACUUUUUUGGACCAUGUAGUUUGGAAAAUUUUAAUCCCUGCAGAACAUUCUAGGACCUUACAAAACAUGAGCAUUUUCUUUAUUGCUUCCAGUGAUUUUGAACAUUAUUUUAAUGAUCAAAUAUUAAUUUUAGUCAUACUCUAGAAAGUCAACGUGCCAUAUUUGGGGGCACUUUUGUGAUUCAGCAAUCUUUUCUAAAUUGUGUGACGUGUAUGUGAGACUAUUUAUAUGAGGAAAUGAAGGGAAAGAAAUGAGUAGGGGGCUCGUUACCGAGCCCCUGGAGCAGGGACCACGAGAGGUUUUUCUAUUACAUUUUUCUACUCUAAGCUUUGAAUGGAGAUGCUCUGUCACAUGUUCCACUUAUGCUUUGUGUAUAUACCUAAUAUUUCUAUUUUUGAUUUUAUUUUAAUACACCUGGCCCAAUAACAUCUCAAGCUUCUCAUUGGUGUUGAGUAUUUCCAAUGGUUAUCUAUGUCAAAAUGAGUACCAAUUAGGGGGUGAUUCCACUAGUUACAUCACUGAAAAAAAUUUGUACAAGUUCUGGGAGUUCCCAUUGUGGUGCAAUAGAAACAAACCUGACUAGCCUCCAUGAGGAUGCGGGUUCAAUCCCUGGCCUCACUCAGUGGGUUAAGGAUCCAGCAUUGUCCUGAGCUAUGGUCUGGCUGGCGGCUGUAGCUCCGAUUUGACCCCUAGCCUGGGAAACUCCAUAUGCCGUUGUGCAGCCCUAAAAAAAAAAAAAAAAAAAAAAAAAAAAAAAAAUUUGUGCAAAUUCUGUCUCCAUCCCUCAGGUGUUUUCAGAUUAGAGAACUGAAGACUUGAUGGCCUGCACACCCGGCCAUCCCUUUCUAAGGGCCAAACAGGAUUUGUUUUCAAAGAGGCUUAGUGGGCACCAUUGUAAUUUAAUUUUAUAUGUGCUGCCUGGGUGUUGGGUACCUGGGAGAGGGAUGAAAUUUUCUGCUUUUUCCUAAAUUUGGACUUCUUUUCCCAUGUGAUUUUUUUUUUAAAAGGCCUUUUCUAAAAUAUUCUAAAAUUCUCCAUUCUCCAGAGCCAUCUUCACAAUGGUAAACUUAUCAUCAUAUAACGUCUGCACAGCUGGUCACCUGACUCUCAACAGUGUGCUUUCAACAUACACCCACCUGUUCACAUUUUAUUUCAGAAUCACACACGUGACCUGACACAUGUUCCAUGGUGAGAAAGUAUAAAGAGUCCCCAAAGCAAAAAGAAGUUUCUGGAAAAUUACUAAAUGCGUUGCUUUGGGCUUUUUAGGUCUAGCGUCCCCCUCAGUCACAUCUGUCUCCUUUGCUCCAAGGACCUCCUCCCUCACACCCAGCCACGGGGUGCUUGGUGGACGGACACGCACAGCACUCGCUGCUAGGAUUCCUGACCCACAGCCUCGGGGCCGGGCAGAUGCUUGUAUAAUCUUGGGGUCCCCAGGGGUGUGCAGGAUGGUUUACAUCGUCACAUCCCAAGUCAUUACGGAGAACCUGAAACCCAGAAUGCCCACCGCCACCCUAUGAUCCUGACUGCAGGAGGCGGGGUGACGAGGUGUCAGGGUACCUGAAAAGCUUCUCUGUGAAUACAGGGUGAGUGUGACGGCUGCUCAGGCUGGAGAGCUGCCCUCCAGCUUUGACCCACAUGCAAAGCCAUCUGCACAGAAGAAGACCUUUUUGCUCCUCAGUUUGUUUCCCCAAAGGAGGAUGUGGGCAUUGAGGAGGAAGAAAAAAGAGAAAAUGUGCCUUUUUUCCUUUUGGAGGAAUAAGAAGCUCACUGAAUCCAAAAGUAAAGAUCAUAGGCCUGACAUGUGUCCCUAAGAGGAGGGGACACUUGGUGCUCCUUUAGCCCCUCUAAGCAGGCUUCCCAAGGUGCUGUCACAAUCCCACUGGGAGAGCAUGCCCAGGCCUCCUUUUAGGGGACACACUACACCGCAGAAGCCUUGACUCCUGUCCCAAGACCACGGAAUAGGGUGAAUUAAAGGAGGGACCAUAUCUGCUGACACAGCAGGACAGAGCACGGCAAUCAGGGCACUGAAACAUACGUAUAGGCUCAUUUCUACUUUGCCUGUGGAUGUCAUUUGGCUCAAAUGACAUCCAGGGCAGGAGCUGCUCAAAGUUACUCAGUAGUGGAACACCAGCAUCUGAUGUGUUCGACUGAAUUAAAACAACUGUGCAUCCUCUGGCGCAGCUCCCCCACCCUUAUGAGUUUAAUUCCACACCCAAGCGCCCUGUGUUCUCAGCCCAGAGAAGCUCUCAGAUGGUCCACACCCCCACCCUUCCCCUCAGUAUCUUCACUGUCUGCCUCUGCUACUUAAAUGGAAGCUCCAGUUUUCUGUCUCUUACAUGUCGACUACCUGAAGUUUUCCAAUGAAGCAAGGGACCAGCCUUGUCAUUCUUCCCGAUGGGAUGAUGGCUAUGGAUACACAAAGAUACCCGUACACCCAUCGUUCUCUCAAUGCUCUGGCCUGUGCUCUGACUCUUUAAAAAAUUACAACAACCUUUGAAGUUCUGGAUGUUACUAUCAUUUCAUGCCUGAGAAAUCAGAUUCAUUCAAGGCUGCAGAAGGAUGAGACUGGCCUAUCUACAUGUGUUCUUGCAAAUAAAACAAGUGAAAGACAUUUAGAGUGGACGCUUCCUGACUCAGUUGGAUAUUCUAAGUGAGCAAAGGAAUUCCUUACAAAACUCCCUGCUGAAGUCCACAGAGUGAGGGGGAAUUUCUUCUCAGCAAUUUUAAUUUGGGGAGAGAAGCUGGGUGAGAAUUUAGCUCACCACUAACACUUUUUUAAAAAUCAGCUUAUGGAGACUAUGCUUUUGAAUAAAAUGAUUUGAUAACA